ACAUCCUAUCUUUUUCUGAACAGGCUGAGAACGUGAACCUGUCAAUGUUUGGUAAAUUGUUAUGGCCGUGGAGUAUCAUUUUCUCUUUUUUUUACAUUGAAUGUGAUUAGGUUUGUAUUGAAAUCAUGUGCCCCGGGUUUAAAGUGGUGCUGCAAGAUGUAUAUCGUUAUUGAGACGUUUGUGACGAAUAGUAAAAUGCUGUGAUAGCAUUGAUAGAUCAGCUGCCCUUACUUUCGGAAAAGGGACCUACUUAUCAGUGGAACCAAAGGGAGAUAACAGGGAGCCGAUGUUGUCGAUCCUCGAGAGCAAAGAACCUGCGGCCCGACCCGUUUGCCUGGCCACGGGGUUCUUCCCGAAAAACGGUCAAAUGGAUCUGACGUCUGAUAAGGGCCAGAAAAGCCAGAUUCCCUUAGACAAUGCCACACUGUCCUCCGACAAAACAUACUUCUUUGUGGGAUUGUCCGAAGGGCCCAUCGAAAACUGCAGCCUGCAUGGUGUUACUGUACACAAGGAAGUGCCACGGAUUACUGAAGAAGAUAAGAAAAGCGACACAGAAACCCAAGAGAGACAGUGUGUGCCGCCAACAGCUGAAAAUGUUACAGAAAUCAGCACCAAACAUAAUGAUUACCCAAAGAUGAACUUCAUGUCACUGGCAGUAAAUGGCUUGAGGAUAUUGUUUGCUAAAACUGUGACUUUCAACAUGCUGAUGACCCUGAAGGCUGUGGUGUUCUAAGGAUGCUUUCUGAAGCAGAACCAUUGGAUAUGCCCGCGCCUGUUUGAAAUGACCGCUUUAGCAAUAUCGAUUCAUAAGCUUUCUUCAGCGCAAUGCGGUAUUACUGUAUCCAUCUGUGUGUAAUUGUUCUGUUCAUUUAAGUUGCUUCAAUAAGAGGACUGAUUGGAAUAUGUCCACAGUAUUUCAGAUGUCCCAUGAAUGCAAUUCUGGGAAUUAACUUAGUGUAGUGUCCCCCGAAUUUUGCAUAUAAGUUUGUACAUUUAGAAGUAUUUUGUUUGAUUAUUUUACUUCUCCAUAAUCCUAAUUGUGAUCAUGUAACUUUUUUUUCAUACCAACACCAACAUGUACAUACAAUUUUAAAAUAUAUAUUUUUUUUACUGGUAAGGCCAGAAUUAUUAUAAAAUUAGCUGAAUGUGCUUCCUAUUCGACAAUAGUCAUUGGGAUAUAUAUACCACAUAUAUACAAAUAAAUAUGUUUUUUUGCCUACUUUUAUUUUACAAAGUUGAAAAUGAUGAGGACAAACAAUAAUGAGUGGCAUUCUGUAUGAAUUAGUUCCAUGCCAACUUUUAUGACCAGAUUUAAUUCAAAAUGUAUGGUUUGUCCAAAUGGAUGUAUUUGUAUUCGUAAUUAUAAAGUAAAUGUUGUUUUUAUUGCUGCAGAUUGCCCAUGGUCUGUACUGGAAAAUACGUUUUAUGAAAGCCCUUUAAAAAUUUCAUUGAAAAAUCUAAUGAAAUCUAAUGAUUUUUUUUCAUUAAAAAAUUCAGCGUAUAGUAUUUACACAAAAGUUCCAGAUGAAAAUGACCACGAUUAACCAAAUGCAUGAUUUAAAUGUUAUUGCAGUUGCAAUUCAGUUUACAGAAUUAUAUGUUGAAUGGCUUCACUGUAUUUGUAUUGCUGAGCCUGUGCAGAACAUAUUAAUGUGUGUUACAAUAAAGCAAAUGGCAUUUUAACCUUCA